GCGCACCAACGAAUUCCUGAAAAGUAGAGGGGCACUGGGGGUUUCUGCACAACGGUUGCGUUACAUCAUCUGACCAUGUCUGCCGAAGCCGCAAGCACCGCGCAGACGCCAGAGGGCAAAAAACCUCGCACGGAGAGUGGGUCCCCAGCUGUGUCCGCAGAAGACACGCCGGUGUACCCCAGCUCGUCUACCGACGUCGUCGCGUACGAGAGGCAGUACGUCCACGACGUAUACAGCGCCAUCGCCGACCACUUCUCUGGAACUCGUUACAAGGCGUGGCCGAAAGUAGCGGCUUUCCUGGAAGCACUACCGCCUUUCUCGAUCGUAGCCGAUGUGGGCUGCGGCAAUGGAAAGUACUUCGCCGCUGCCCAACGCCUCGCUGUCCCGGCACCGCCGUCUCCAGCGUCAGAGGACGAUAACACGGAGUUGAAAGAACAGCAAGCGCCUCUUUCCUCGUCGACAGCCCCGACCCACCGCUACGUUGUGGGCCUCGACUACAGCGAAGAGCUUCUGCGGUCUACUCAGCGCUCACUCGUAGACCCCAACAUGCACCAUGAGCAGGCGCGCCGCCAUCAUCGUAGCAAGCGCGCGCGGAAACUGGCGGACGACACGGUGACGCCGGUGUCGGUGGAGGCGAUGCCGCGCACGGACACGGUUCGCAGCGACGCCCUGCGUUCUCCUCUGCGAGGUGGGCUGUUCGACGCUGCCAUCAGCAUCGCGGUAAUCCACCACUACGCGAGCGAGGAGCGCAGGGUGCGUGCGGUGCGGGAGCUGCUGCGACUUGUGCGCCCCCAAGGAGGUUUGGCGCUCAUCUACGUGUGGGCUCGCGAGCAGACCGGUCGCUCUAAGCGCCCGAUGGAUCCCGAGACGGGCGACAGUCUCGUGCGAUGGGAGCGAAAUCAGAAGUACGACGAGGCACAACAGGUGUUUCAUCGCUACUACCACCUCUUUGGGGAAGGCGAGUUAGAGCGGCUGUGCGAGGUUGCAUCUGCCGGUGAGGGAAGCGCUGGCGCCAUCCCUGUUGACAUCAAAGCUUCGUACUUUGACAAGGAGAACUGGUGCGUGGUCCUGGAACGAAAGUAG